AUGGAAACGAAAAUCAGUAGUUUGGAAAGGAACGUGCAAAGUGGUGAACAAGAAAGAAUGGAGUUGCAAAAGUCCAACAUGAAACAGGAAGUAACGAUCUCUCAGCUGCAAGCAGACAACAGGUUUCUUAACCAAAGCUUAACGAUUUAUUGUGAUUUCAAACUACGUCCCAAUGGUUGUGCUCCCGUGUGGAAACAUUCUUACUAUCAGGUCACACCAAACAACAACGUGAGCACGUUCAGUACAUUCAACAAGCCAUGCAUUGAUCUCUCUGACGGUUGGUGUAAUGUAGCCAAUAAGGACACAAUAGAAGGAUCAGAGCAAGUGACAGCGGCCUAUCAUCACGGAACCGUCGUCUACGCCUACAGAGGUGAUCGCAACCCUCAACUGGGGAAGGCAUUGCAAUGGCGAGAUGCUAUUCUCAACAAUCCGUUCAAAAUAACAGACCAUUGUACAAGCAACAACGGCGUCGCACCGGAGCCAGAAGUUGGCAGCCACGCCAUACCAGGAAUAACGUUUGACAAGCAAAAUCCCGGCGAAUACACGAAGCACUGUGACACCGAUCACUAUGCGAUGUCACCACCCACAGACUGCCGUUGGCUAAAAUGCAUUCUACCCACUCAAAUAUCAACGACUACAUCCCUGACACAAAUGACUGUUGCCAUCUAUCUGUGUUGAUUGACGUGGAAGACACUUCAAAGCUGUGAACUAAACCGACUCAUUUUGUCGUAAUUGCACUUGUCGUGUGUGUAGCCCUGCUUGCUUUAUUGUUCUCUAUACAUGUACUGACAGCAUAUGAGCCGCAAACAAAUAUAUGACUGCA